AUGAGAAAAAACAAGGGUUCACUAUCCUCCACACGAUCAGUGCCGAAUCUUUCCGCAUUACGAACGAAUAACAACACACCACAGGUGUUGACCAAUAACAUUUCGAAUGCAAUUCUUGGAUCGUCAACAACAACAUCAACAGGAUCCUCCAAUUCAACAAGUCAACAAGCAACAAAUGGAACAUCAGGUGUUAGUAAUAUCAAUGCAGCAACAACAGCUCUUAGUUAUUAUUAUCAGCACACUCCUCUCCCACCUCAUCAUCAAAAUUUAUUACAAUCAAUUUCAUCAUCGGAAGCAACACCUCAACUGUCGGCUGAUGAUGUUCAACAAUUAUCAGAAAUGUUAUAUUUUCCAAAGUAUAAAAAGGCUGUACACAGUGCUGUUUGUUAUAGGUGUAAACAUCAGGUUGUUCAAAUAAUGUUCGAGACAAAUGGUGAUGAAGAAAAUCCUCCAAAACGAGCAUUCUUAAAAGUUUAUGAUCCAUCAUUUUAUAAUUUAAAUUAUGAUCAGAAUAUGUCAUCAUUCGAAGAAUCUGAAAAUAGUGAUGGUCAACCAACAGAUAAUUCUUUUACUCCUACCUCAUAUAUGGGAACUUAUGAAUCAAGCCCUUUAACAUCUUUAAAUGAAAGUUCAGGCUAUUUACCAACCAAUUCAGAUCAACCAAGUGCUGAAAUUUUGUCGUCUUCUCUCUCAAAAAAUGUUUCCUUUGCAUUGCCAAGAAAAACAGAUGCAGUAAAAGAUCCUAGACCAACAACACCAAAUAAUCCAUUACAAAAAUUGACUCAACAGGAUAAAAAGAGAUUUUCCUUCAAUCCAAAUGCAAAGAAAAAAGAGCAACAACAAUUAAGACAAUUACAAUUAGAAAAAGAACAACAACAAAUGAAACUUCAACAAAGAAUGAAUCAAUUGAACGAGGAUGUUGAUUUUUUGGACAAGUGUGUAAUAUCCAAUGAGGAGUACGAAAUGAAUGUAGAAUAUGUAAAACAAUUGUAUCAAUAUUUAUCCGAUGUUACUCAAUUGGAUUCUCCACUUUGUAUAGAGUGUAUGGAACAGGUAUCAUCUCAAUUGAAUCAACAAUUGGAAAAGACAAAGGAGGAAGAAGCUAUUUAUACCAAUUUCAAAUCUAAAAUAAUUGAAGAAUCAUCUGGUAUGAAAAAUGAAGCAGAUUUACAAAAUGAGCUCGACUUACUAGAGGAAGAAGAGAAAUUACUUCGUAAGGAGUUGGACCUUUUACAAAAAGAGGAAGAAGAGUUGAGCUUACGUGAAAAGCACCAGACAGAAAAAGAGGAUAAAUUUACAAACCUUCAAGAGAGUUACUGGAAAGAAUACAAUGAUUUUCACAACGAACUUUUGCUCUAUAAUGAAGAACGAGAGGCUAUCCAACAACGUAUCAUACAUGUCACAAAGGAAAUGGAAAAACUCAAUAGCACCAAUGUUUUUAAUGAUGCAUUCCACAUUUGGUAUGAAGGCCAUUUCGGAACAAUCAAUAACUUUAGAUUAGGAAGAUUACCAACACAAAACGUUGAAUGGAAUGAAAUUAAUGCUGCAUGGGGUCAGGCAGCACUUUUGCUUUUCUCCUUGUCAAAACACAAACACUUUGCAUUUUCAAAAUACAAGAUUAUUCCAAUGGGCAGUUUUUCAAGAAUUGAAACUUUAGAUAACAAGAAUAGUUAUGAUCUAUUCGGAGGUGGAAGUAAUGGCGGUUUAUUUUGGCAAUCUAAGUUUGACAAGGCGAUGGUUGCUUUUCUUCAUUGCCUAAAAGAAAUAGGCACUUUUGCAGAAAAACAAGAUACCUAUUUUGAGUUACCUUACAAGUAA